CGCAAGAAAACCGGGCUCUGUUUUUAUUCAAAUCUUCUCAUCUAACUGUGAACGCGAUUCCAAUUAAAUUUGUAGUCAGUGUCUUUGAUGAUUUAUUUUUGAUCCUCGCAAGUUUUGACAUUUCGUCAAGUAGAAUCUCCCCGUAGAUUCAAACGGAGAGUUUUUAAAAUAGUUGCUCGUUCGAAACUUUGUUGUUUCUCGUCAGAGCAUAGGGACAAGAAUAUAAAUAAUAAUAAUAAAUAAAUAAUACAGUGAGGUGAACGUACAGAGUGCCCUUUUGCCCGGGGUCAGGAUGAGUGCAUCCUGAAAGGCCACGUUUUAUUUUCCCUGCCGCCAGGACUCGUCGCCUCUCUUGCAGCAAUUGGAGAACAAACUUUCGAUUCGACAUUCAUCGACGAUGGACUGGAAGACACGGAUAGCAGCGCUGCUGUUUUGGAUCUUCAUCGUUCUUUCAUCAGUUGCAGAUGGAAAUGCUGAAAAAAAAGUCGUCUGUUACUACACAAAUUGGUCGGUCUACAGGCCUGGAACGGCCAAAUUCUCGCCUCAAAAUAUCAACCCUUAUCUCUGCACGCAUCUCAUAUACGCUUUUGGUGGUUUCACGAAGGAGAAUACUCUGAAGCCUUUCGACAAGUACCAGGACAUUGAAAAAGGAGGAUAUGCCAAAUUUACGGGCCUAAAGACUUAUAACAAAGAUUUAAAAACGAUGGUGGCGAUCGGUGGUUGGAACGAAGGAUCCAGUCGAUUCUCACCGAUGGUUGCUGACCCACAGAGAAGAAAAGAGUUCGUCAAAAACACGGUCAAGUUUCUUCGUCAAAAUCAUUUCGACGGUCUUGAUCUCGAUUGGGAAUAUCCAGCGUUCAGGGACGGUGGAAAACCACGGGACAAAAAUAAUUAUGCGGAUCUCGUUCAGGAAUUACGACAAGAAUUCGAGAGAGAAUCCUCGAAGACCGGUCGACCGAGACUUUUGCUUUCAAUGGCCGUGCCCGCUGGUAUCGAAUACAUUGACAAAGGUUACGACGUGCCACGAUUGAACGAGUUUCUCGACUUUGUGAAUCUUCUCUCUUACGAUUAUCAUUCGGCCUACGAACCAGCUGCCAAUCAUCAUUCACCCCUGUACCCUCUGGAGGAGGACAACGAAUAUAAUUACGACACCGAGCUCACAAUCGAUUAUACGAUCACGCACCUUUUGAAAAGCGGAGCAUCGCCAGAAAAAAUUAUUCUUGGAAUUCCGACUUACGGCAGAUCGUACACUCUCUUCAAUGAAGAUGCCACUGAUAUUGGAGCCCCGGCAGAUGGUCCAGGUGAAGAAGGUGAUGCGACCCGAGAGAAAGGGUACCUUGCCUAUUACGAGAUUUGUGAAAGUAUCGCAAAGACGGGCGAGUGGCAGGUAGUACAACCGAAUCCAAGCGCCAUGGGACCUUACGCUUACCGUGGUAAUCAGUGGGUUGGUUACGACGAUGAAGAUAUAGUCAGGGCCAAAGCGCGUUACGUGAACGAGAAAAAACUCGGUGGUAUAAUGUUCUGGUCGAUAGACAACGACGAUUUUCGUGGAAAGUGUCACGGACGUCCAUAUCCUCUAAUCGAAGCUGCGAAAGAAGCGAUGCUCACUGGAGACGAAAAAAGUCAUUCUGGCACGAAAACAAGAGUUUCGAGUACACGCAAAAAGAGUAGGAACCAGGCAGGUUCAAGAUUGCAAGUUGAUUCGAUCAGCAGAAAAUCGAAGACGGAUAGACGAACCACCACAGAAGCAUCGUCAACGAGAAGAAGGAUCAGCACAUCUCGAAGCAACGGUCGUUUCAAUGGAAAGGCUCGUGGCAACGGAAAAGUUGAAGAUAACGAAGAGGAUGACGAAGAAGAGGUUAACUCUGUUAAAUCAGCUGAAAAACCGAGAUCCAGAGCCCGCGCUAAAAAUACACGGUCGAGAAAUCAAUCACUCGGAGGAGGACGUAAAAAACUACAGAAUUCACGUUACAACGAUGAGAAGAAUGUCGAAGAACUUGAGGAGGAAACACGCAGUCAUAAAUUAACGACGCCAGAACCACCGACUACUCCAGAUCCUGGAAGUGAUUUCAAAUGCGAGGACGAAGGAUUUUUCCCGCAUCCUCGUGAUUGCAAAAAAUAUUUUUGGUGCCUUGAUAGUGGCCCCAGUGGUCUUGGCAUCGUUGGACAUCAAUUCACUUGUCCGUCAGGUCUUGUGUUCAACAAGGCUGCGGACUCUUGCGACUAUGCACGUAACGUCGUUUGUCCAAAGGCAAAAGUUUCGCAAAAUGCACUUACGACGACAAAAGCACCGAUAACUGCGGCGACCAGCCGUACAACGUACCUCCAUAAACCGACGCACCGUACAACUACACCAAAAGACGAAUCGGAAGAGGAGUACGAAUAUUACGACGACGAAGACGAGGAUGCGGAUGAUUCUCGGGAAAUCGAGGAAGAAAUCGUCAGCACAACUACACCAAAAACUUACAAAACAAUCAGUCGAAAUAGACCAACAUCCGCUACAACUCCGUCGAGUAAGACAACCACCGAGCUUUCUGUACCAUCGUUAACGAAACCUUCCAAAACAACAACCGAAAAAGUACCAAGCUACGAAGAUGAAGAAGAUCCAAGAGUCAUCAAAGAGCUAAUCGAUUUGAUUAAAAAAGCCGGAGGGAUAGAACAACUGGAGAAGCAGCUGCUCUAUCAGGAUAAAAAUUCUGGCGCCAUCUCUGAAUCAACGGCAGAAAACGGAAAAUCAACUCCAGCUACAAUCAGUCGAAGCCUUUACGAGCGUGUGUUGAACCGUCAAGCUACGAGAAUAGCUGGAGGAUUCCUGGGUUCAUUUUCAACGACUCAAACAUCAAAAAGUCCUGAAGUCGAACGUAGCACAUCGAAGAAUUCAAGAACUGGUUUCAUCAAUGGCCCCGGGGGUGCUCAAUUUGAGGGUCUUGACCAGGUACCGGAAGUCAAGACUCUUAGAAGAACGACCAAACACCAAUACGUUACGAUUGAACGACAAAGACAAACGACGAGUGAAUCACCAGCUGAAGAUGAAGAGGAAAUAGACGAAGAAGACGAAAACGUUAACAAGGAGAUUGCGUCCUCGGAGGACAGAGCUGUUGGCACAACCUCUGAAGAAAAGCCUUCCAAUCGUCGGUUCACGCCGAGUUAUGUUAACAUUCGUCGUUCACGGCCUUCGACAGCAACAAGCGAAAACGAUGUGGAUUUGAAAGAAGAGGGAGAGGAAUCCGGGGAAGAAGAAAACGAGGACUUGGAGGAAGAAGGGAGGGAAGAGCCUCCGAGCAAAAACCGUAAAGUUGUAACGACCGAAGAAGAAACAUCGGCCCCAAAACCGAGGUACACGAAUGUUCAACGCUUCCGGAGUUCAACGUCGCGUCACAGCGUGGACGAGGUGACGGAGCAAGUAUCGUUGAGAAAUGAUUUGAAGACAUCGAGCACUAGCACGUCCACAACGACAGAGAAAACCGUGCCAGUGACGGAAGAAAUUACCGAAGAUCCGACGACUCCCCCCGCGACAUCGUCGCCCGUAUCAUCGAGUUCGCAGACGCCCAUCGAGCAUAAAUUCCAGAACGCAACAGUCGACGCUAAUUCUAAGGAAGCUUCGUCAACGCCGAGUGAAGAAACGACGAAAAUAAGUAGCGAGUCGGCGUUAAGGCUCGUUGAAAAUUCGGCGACGGAAAUUUUAUUCACUACAGUUCCAGCAUCAUCGGUUUCACUCGAAAGUAAUUACGACUCGUUUACACGUGGGCCAACUGUCUCGCCGAUAUCGCAGCCGAGGCCAUUCGGUUUUUCGCGGAGAGGACGACCUACGACGACGGCAAUACCUCCAACGACGGCGACCCCGGUGACCGAGCAAACACGUACCAAGGUGAGUAGCAAACCAACGAGAAACUUUGCACGGUCGUCGAGUCCGUCACGGCUUCGCGGCGCUCGGCCAAGAUCGAGAUUGACAUCGACGUCGUUUUCCACGACCGAGAGUCAUCUCCGAGACACUAACGACGUCAAGUAUCCCGACGUCAUAAGAAGAAACGAUUAUGAGGAGAAACAUUUUUUAAACGAUACUAAUGACGAUGAGGAAACGCUUGUGAACAAAUCGCAAUUCGCUUCGAGGAGAAGAGGCGUUAACAGAUACACGCCACCCACUUACCGUGUUGAAAAAACCGAAAACCAAGAGAAUACACUGCUAAACAAACGAACACGUCCAGCUUCCGUACCGGAAGAUAAAUUCACCACCGAAUCAAGCUUUGUCGAAGCCACCGUUGUGCCGAUUCCUCGGGGACGCUCGAGGUCAACGACGGUUCCCUCGACUACAACCGAUUACACUACUACCGAAUCAAGCAGAAAAUAUUCAAGACCAUCUCGUGUGAGGUCAACAACAACACCAAUUAAGGACAGUCCAAUUAUACGGAUAAAUCCUCAAGUUAUCAGAGAAUCCAAGACACGAGGUGAGCUUAGCCACCGUGACGACGAAGACGAUCAGAAAAUCACGAAUAUUCGGGUCUUCGAUAGUUUUGAUGGAGCAACGUCCACUGAAUCGACGCGUGAAGAUCGUCGGAACGUUACAACGCCGUCGUCGCUCUCUUACAGUGUUAACUCACCGUCUACUCUAGAGAAUCUUGAACCUACAGAAGUAUACCAGGAUCGGUCGAGUCAAGGCAAGAAUAUUUUGAAUGCAGAAGAAAUCGGUUUGGAGACGGUCCCUAGAUUGGCGCCUCCUAAAAUUGAGCAAACUACAAAACCCAUUAGAAGAAAAGUCCUUAGACAACGGAGACCAGUGACCUCGUCAACAACAGAGAGUUACAAAACGAGCAGCCACGAAAUCAGCGAGGAUAACUCAAACCCCAGGAAGAGAAAAAUCGUCAGACGCCUUCGUCCAUCGAUGCAAGAUUCCACAUCAAACCGCGUAAUCGUUAACGCCGAUGAUUCGCGAGCCCAAAAGUCUCGAAAUUUUUCAAGCUCCGCGAUACCCACGGUUGAGACUUCUGGUUUUUUGAAUGAAACUGCUGAAGGAAACACGACGAAUUCAAGGCCAUUUAUGAUUAUAGUGGAAUCUCCAGAAAUCAGUGACCCUUGGAAGGAGAUUUUGAACGAGGACAAUUCGACUUCGAGCUAUUUCGAUACGAGGGAUGGUGAAUUCUAUGAGGAAGAUUCGUCAACCCUUUUACCAACAACCAUCAUCGAUGCACCCACCGACGAACCGGAAAUAGUGGAUUCCACAAGUGAAAUUGUUGACAAUCCUGAGAAUGCAGCGGACGAAAACGAUGCACUUGAAAUCGAAGGAACCUCGAUGAUUCCGUCGUUAGAAACUUUGCUUCCGAACGAAUCGACGAGCUUCGACGGCGAUUCUAGCAACGAGGCGGACAGCUCUAGCACCGAAAGUCCGACGACGUUAGAGUUUCGAGCCACCACAGCCUCGUCAACGUCUACAAUCGGUGAAUCGCGUUUUGUUAGAAAAAAAUUUGUUUACAAGCGUCCAUCAGCCUCCUCAUUUAAGGCACAGCGUUUUGGAUCCACGAGACUUCCAAACCGUCCACCACCAUCGACACAAUCUAAGGAUCUCAAUGGUCUGUCUGAUAGACGGAAAAAUCUUUUUGUGCGCCGUCGUCCUGUUAUUUCAACGACCACUGAACUGACGAUUCCCGUAACGAACGAAGAGACUGAAAAUUUAAGUGUUUUCGAUGAUUUUCAUGACAGUGACGAUGCCUCCGAAGAAUCAACUACCGAAAUCCACAAUUCCGCUGGGGCUAUCGUUAACGACAGUGAGAAUUCGGAUUUUGAUGAUUUUUGGAAAAAUUAUACGCUCACCGGACCCACGGAGAGCACCGAUACGGCUACCGUGACUUUAUCGCACGACCUUCAGCAGGAUUUCACGAAUCCGAUUUCGGACAGUAACAAAUUCCUAGUCGACCUUACGGAAGAUAAAGUGAAAUCGGACGACGGGGACGAGAAUGUUGGCCAAGAACCCGAUGAAGGAAAGGAAGAACAUUUUGAAAUAAAGAAUUAUCGCAAACUUGAUGAGCGUCCGGUAUUUCAGGUUCCGCAAUCGCUGAAAAAGGGAUUGAAUCGUGAGACAACGACGGAGUCAUCGCGCUUAACUCAAACUGUGUUUGACUCUGCGCCCGAAGAAUCAGCUGAAACAAAGUUAUCGGACGAAGAUCCUAAAGUCGUUGAUUACCGGGAACCACGAGCCCGUUUCGGCAGCACUCAAAACGACGCCACCGAAGAGCACUUGGACGAGGAUUUCACCGAGAAAUUUCGUUUCUCUGCCGGCCGUAAAGAUCCGUUGAAAUCCGGAAAUGCGGAUCUCUCAAAGGGUUUUUGGCGGACCCAGAAUGCCAAAAAUCGUGUUUAUCGGAAGCGUUUGACGAGCACGACUGAACAAGCGGUAACGGAGACUCUCAUACCAGCAAAGAAAUUCGACUACGUCGCCGAUGCACAAUUACGGAAACAGCAAUCGUUAAAGACGACACAACGCUACGAUGAAACAACAAAAAUGUUGGCCGAGAAUCGAAAAGCCUCUGGCCUCGAGGACGAAAAUUCAGUCGAAACGGAUUUCACGACAGCGUCCUCGAGCGACAAGCCUCAAAUAACGAGACUCGUCACUUCGGUCGUGGAAUCCGGUACCACCGAGAGACAAAUAAUCCACAUAAAAACAAAAUACUCAUCGUUGACCUCAACGGCGAGAAUACCAGUUCAAAAUGCUCACAAUUUAAAGGACAAUUAUUUCGAUAAAUCUGUCAAUUUACCGAGGGAAAAUAAUGAUGAAUUUCCCAAUGAGAUACGUGAAUCAACAGAAAGUACAGCCGAACGAUCAACCCUGUCAAUCGAGGGUGAAUUCGCUUUGAAGAAUCGCUUCACCACCGAAUCAACGAUCCAAUCAUCGACCAUAGAAAUUGAAUCGGUCUUCAACAACCUUAUCCCAAGGGAUUUGCGAUCCGUGGUCAUGUAUCGUUAUGAUUUUCAGGUCGAUGAGGAAACCCUCAGACUUCCAACCCUCAAGGAGCUCGUUGGUUUUACAAAGACCUUAUCAAAUCACGUAACAUCAGAAUUUACUGAAUCGCCGACGACGAAUCUCAUCGUUGAUACAACUGUCGGGAAUAACGAGCUACGAGAUGAGUCGGACGUUCGUUUAUUGGGAAAAGAUCAAUUGAGUAGGUACGAUCUUUCCAAAGGGGGAGAAAAUUCGAGUGCUUCCGGGGCUCUUCCGGAAGAAUCAAAUGUCGAGAAAGAUACUCUCGAUAACGAUAUUCUGAGCUCCGAGGAAAUUCAACGUCGUUCCUCGGCCACAUCUUUUGUUCAUUCUAAGCAAACGCGAAACGAUGGGUCCACUUAUGACCGAGAUAAAAAUCCGAUAAGCAGUAAAGAGAUCGGGACAGUCGAAGUACCUGUUACUAUUUUGGAUCACACCGGUGGUGAAGAAAUAGCCGAAUUGGUGCUACUUCGUGUGCCUGAGAAUAGAUUCCACUCUGCCAUACUUAAGCCCGUAUUCAGGGUGAAAAUCCUCGAGCAGGACAACGAAUCGGCCCUUAAUGACAUUGAGAAUACGAGAAAGGCUGGGAAACUUGAAGUUUUUCCUGAAUCCAGUUCGGAGAAUGAACUUCCGAAUAAUUCCCGAACGACUUAUGGCAAACGUGGGAAAAUCGGAUCUUCAGACUUGAGUGAAGAGGCUGAAACCACCUUCGAGAAACACCAGCGUCCAAAGAACCGCCCACACAACAGACAAAGAAUCGUUAAAGCUCGACGAAGAACUCGUCCACUUGAUUCUCUCAGACAGAAUGACGAAAUUAUGAACGUUUCAAACAGCGAACCAGGGCACUCCCAAGCUCAGAUCAUUCGGAUUUCCAGGAGACGUGAAAAUACAGACAAAUCUGCCACAGAAACGACAACUUCGGUUCCUGAAUCUUUUGAAAAUCUUUCGAACACCAUUGUACCGACAACAUUGAGAGGAAAUUACUCACUUUUUUCAAAAGUUUCAAACGUCACUCGUGGCUUUUACAUAACAAGAACAAUCGACGAAACUUCAACCACUUCUGAUCCUAUCACUACAGAGUACUGGAAUGAUCCUUCCGAUGAUACAACACUCGAUUUUACGACGCAGAAUUAUGACUUUACAACUCGGAUCAUAGAGCCAACGACUUCGGAUUUGGACACCACCGUCCAGACAGAGGAGACUGGGACGCCUGUAGAAAUAACAGUUAAUUUUUCUUCUUCCUCAGAAGAAAGUAGUACAGUUCAAAGCACGUCUACUUUGUUAGACGCCUUUCAGACAUCCGUUGUAGACCAACAGCUUACGGCAAGUCUGGGAGCUGUAAUUUCCGAGUCCUUAUCAACGGAAACAGAUGAAAUUCCUGAAUCUACUAGUUCAUGGGAUCCAAAAACUGAGAAAAACCCAAUUAACGAGCCUGAAAUAACGACCUUUCGACCACGCACGACUAAAACAGCCACUACGUCCGAUGGAACGAUACCGACGAAAUCUGCGACGACCGGAUUUACAGUGAAUAGUUUAGAGAGCACUGACAACAAUGCUGAUCUUCCAAAUUCCGGAGAAGCCAACGAUGACGUAGCGCAACCGUUGGAUAUUGAAAAUAGUGACCGGAUAUCUUCGACGACGGGUGAGCCAAAGAUUGUACAAAUUGAAAAGGUCCCAACUCAAGAUGAACAGGACGAAGCUCGGACAAGAACACUUGGAGCCAGAAGUGCAACGGUAUCCAGUAAAAUAACCUCCAACCGAAGUGGCACUUCAUCAACAACAGUCGAAAAAUCAAAAGUUGAAAGUACAACCAUCCCCAUGCGAAAUACGGUUUAUGAGCUUGACACAAACGUCAAGUCGGAAGCGGAAAGAUCUUCACAUGGGACGAAUAAUUUUAAUAACGCGACAGUCACGAUUUCUAGGGCCGGUUCAAGAAGAGGUGGAGUGCGUUACACCACGACAGCAAAAUCACCAAUAUCAAGCGAUGGAUCAUCCUUAAAAAGUCGAAGCAAACCGCAGAAAUCGGCAAACGGAGAUUCAGUCUUGCCGACAGAUAUUAUUACAACCAAAUCCUACGACGCGACAGUGCGAAAUUCCGCGAAUCAAAAAGCCACUCAAACCGAUCCAAGCAGCCUCCCACCAAGCUCGACUCCUUCUUCCAGGCGACGUGGUAAUGGAAAAGUGUCGACGAGACCCUUGAGGAUCGCUGAAAACAAAAGUAGCUCUUCUAAACCGUCAAAAUUGCAGAACAUCGAGUAUGCUGUGACCGAGGACUAUAACCACAACGCGAGAUCAAGGGUUCAUAACCAACCAACUUAUUCCACUACGAACUAUGACCAAACGACGGUAAAUCGUGCUCAAACCCUACGGGGAUCCCCCCAUGGUCGGGAAGGUCGCUUGAAAACAACAUCCAUCGAUGAAGCCGGAAGAUUCACUCCGACUUAUCACGAAACGAGUUCAAUAAGCUCGACUGAAUUUUAUGAAAAAGCAAUCGAAAGCCCUGAGGGAAAUGAAUCCCCACAUUCAACAAUGAAUUCUGAGCAAGAAAUUGUUAAUAGUUUGAACGCUGCACAACGAAUUUCCAAAGACUCUAGUGAGACUCAAGAGACCAGUGAGCCUUCCAGCUCUCAGAAAAAUAUGGAUGGAACAUCAAAAACUCCACGAACGUUUCCCAAUAACUCUAGUGAGACUCAAGAUACCAGUGAGUCCUUUAAAUCUCAUAAAAGUAUAAAUGACACGUCAGAAGCUGCCCAACCGUUCUCCAACGAUUCCAACAAAACUCAGGAGACCAACGAAUCGUUAAACUUUUAUAAAAAUAUAAAUGGCACAUCAGAUCCAAAAAUAUUACAUGAACUGGUCACUGAAGCAGUGACUGAAGCCUACGACAGAACAACUCUCAGCAGUGAAGCUCUUCCUACGACUAUCAAUUAUGAAACCACCACCACGAGCAGUUCUGUCACUCCUGAUCCAACCUUCCCCGUGUUAUUAAACGAUCAAGAAACCACGACAACGAUCUCAACCUUAAAAGAUUUGAUUUCACCCGUCACACCGCCAGAGUCUGACGGAAAAACCUUGGAAUUAACGAUGUUGACUGACCCAACGAUUGAUUUAAUAACCAGCACAGUGGAGCCGACUGAAAGCGGCAUUUUAUCGUCGCAAGUUCCUGGAUCGGAGAUAACAAAUCUUCCCACAAGUAACAAUUCAAAUGGCAAUGUGGAAUCGAUAAAAGAAGCUCCGACAAAGAUUUUAGCUACAACGGAUAUUUACGAAGAAACGAAGAGCGAGGAGUCGACGACACUCUCUACAGAAUCGACAACACUGGAAAGUGAGUCCAACACAUUUUCGACGAACAUUGACACUUUGGAUAAAAUCACUGAAUCAAUCGAUUCAGUAGAUACGAGCCCGCCUUAUGAAGUUACUACAUCAGAAGCAAAAGAAACGACAUACAACUAUGAGGGGACUUCAUUUUCUGUAAAUCAGGGGAUACGUGACAAUGAAAGCGAGAUUUUGAUAAACACGAAUGAUGGUACAACGAAAACGACGAUGGAAAUUUCUCAAUCAACAACCGUUUUGUACGCGACCGACGACCGUGACGAAUUCGUUACCAAUUCUGCUGACAUUGGAAGAAAAAAAGUGGCGAACCUGCCAGGGGAAGCUUUUGAAGAUAUUCCUCCAUCAAUAAUUUCGGAUGAACAGAAGAGUUAUAUUCUCAACAAGGUAUCUGAAAAAUCGACUGACAAAACCAUAAAAACUAAUACGACGAAUGAAAAAAUAAAGUCACGUGGCAAAGAGUUAUUUUUGCAAAACGACGUUGUUCCCAGCGAAGCUACAUCGACAACGUCGGUUUACGAAAACUUCGUGCACUCGACAACAGACGUGUCGUCGACUCGACAAGCAUCCACGGUUGAGCCGCAGAUGAAACGUCCUCGAGGCAGAGUGAGGUUCACCAGUUUUGCUGGCAGUUCUAAUGACGCCGAUGAACAAAAUCGAAGGCCCAUCAAACAAGUUGUGGUCCGUCGUCGUCCAGCCAAAGAUCGUCGACAGAAUGCCACAAGCUUGGAAUCAAAUUCGAGAAAAUCGGAAAUCGCGUCGAGUGACAUAAAUAGAAAGACUCAUCGUGCCAAAAUUCAGAGUAGAAACGAUGAGAAUUCAAAUGUUAAAGAUGAAUAUGAAAGUACGAAGAACGUGGAGAUCGGAAAAAUAAGUGAUGAAAAUGCGAGGAGAGAUCAUGCAAGAAUCACAAACGAAUUGAACGACCAACGACCCGGAGAAAAAACAAAUUCCCCGAAAACAACGAGACGUCGUGUAGUCGUCUACCGGGGACGACCGCGCCCCGAAAAAAUCGCGACAACCGCCGAGCCCGUGACCACGACGUCGACGACCCCAGCAACCGUGCAAAGUUCUAGUUCCAGUACCGAAACACUCGAUAACAAAAAAAGGAGAAGGCACAAGUGGCGAAAAAGGUUAGUUCUGAAGCGAUCAAGGGUCAACGUCGAAGAGGAAGACCAAAGUAUCGCCGAGUCUGGUGAUUUCAGAAGAGUUUUUAUCAACGAUCGAUACGUCGAGAACUCGCCCGAUGAAAUUACCACACCACACAUCUUUAUGCCUGAUACACUUGAAAGAUCCUCGGAACACGAGGAUAUCGCUGUAGAGGCCAGUCCGUUCAAAACUACGGGAGCCUUCCUGCGGAGACCGGGAACGUUGGUCCGAAACGAUGCUUUGAAACGAUUGCGCUCGAAUGUUCCAAGUACCUCAGUGCCAACGAUUCUUCCGAGCGCAAAAGCUGCUCCGUUUGCAAAGAUCGUGACAGUUGAUCCGACCUACGAAAUGAAGACAGAAGAUCAGAGUGUAAGAGCUCAAGAAGUGGCUGUGACUCUGUCUGAUCCCCCAGCAGUCGAUACUUCACCGACAACUGGUCGUGUAGGCUUGAGAACACAAGGAACAACAAGAAAAAUAAGUACAACUGUAGCACCAAGAACGGAACCGACGAGUACUCCAAGAACUGUGUCGAUCGUUAGGAGACGACAGAAUGGCCUCAGAUAUAAUAAUAAUUUACCAAUCGUCGAGACUCCAGUCAGACCGAGGAGACCAGCCAUAAUCGAUUACGAUUAUUACGUUGAUGAUGAAAUUCGUCUCGUUUUUAAGCCUGAACUCAAGGACAAGCUUUUCGUCACUAAAAAGGGAGGGAUACGAUGCCUCGAUCAGGGAAACUUCGCUCAUCCAACUUCCUGCAAAAAGUUUAUCACCUGCGCAAGAAUGGUCAAUGGUCAAGUUAUCGGUACGGAGUACACGUGUCCAGAUAAAUUAUCCUUCGAUCCUGUCGGGGGUAUAUGCAACUGGUCGGCUGGUCUCGGAUGCGAAGAAAAAUCGAAUUAGUUUCAAAAUUGUGUCAAUUCGCUGCUUUCCUUUUUUUAUUAUCUACUCGAACCAGCGAAUGCUCAGUUAUCACUGAAGGCUUCCAGCAUUAUCAUUACGAUCCAAUUAUUAUAAUCGACUCGUUAAAAAACCCGUUGAAUUAUUUUCGAGCACAUCGAAUGCGGUGAGAAAAAUUCAAAUGAGGAAAAAAUUACCGGGGCUCAAACGUUGCUCCGGAAAUGAAACGUCCAUAUGAAAUUUAGGUCAGAAUCAUGAAUUCCACGAUACUCUCAAGUCUCAUACUGAUGCAUUAAUUUCAAUACUUCCGCGGACGCACUUGUAACGAGCGGUAAUAUAAUAUUAAUAAGGACGCUACGUAAAGUUUCCUCCGCUACAUUUUUUUCACCGUAUUCUAUUCAGGCAGUUGAAUUUAAAAUUUGGCUUGCUGUGAUUUAACUUCGAUCUACAAGUUCUAAAAAAAUAGAGUCAAGAAGUGCAAGGAAUAUUGGGCUCGGAGGAAGAGCCCCAGAAAAAUGAUCAGUUGUCAUAAACUGCUUCAAAUAAAAGGCAAUGAUGCAUCUAUAAUUGUAACAUUGACCAUUGGUAGCCAUAAAUACUGCAUAAGUGCAUCGUAGUGAUAUUAUCAAUAAAAGUUUAUGACGAAAUUUUUGUAUAUAAUAAUGACUAGUGUAUAUUAUUUUAAGAUGAAGCAAACGACUCAACUUCUAAAAUAUGUUCAAUGAUUAUUGUCCUCCAACAAUGCAUACAAAAGUUAUAAAACUUGAAUAUUCGACAUCACGAGACUGUCACGUCGCCGAACUUAAUGCUAUAUAAUAUUAAAAUAAAAUCCUUCAACGUUAGCUUACUAAUGGAUGACACAUUGUUUAUGUAUUUGAUUUUUGAAAUUAUUUAUAUUGUAUUAUUGAAGGGUCAACAUUUUAACGAAUCGGUAAGGUAUUUAUUUGAAAUUCUUUAUUACGAACAUUACGACUUAAAAUUUAGUCAAGAAUUUUUUCAUUUAAGUACGUUUCAUUGAUAAUUUUUAUUAAAAAAACUUGAUUAUCUUCGACCGAUUAUUUGUACUUGAAGAUUUACAAUAAAUGACACUGAAAUUGUGAGCACGUAUUUGAAAUCAAUAAAGGAGACAACAUAAUCUAUAUGAAAAAUUUUAAUUAUUUAUUGCCUUCAAUUUAUUGUAAUUUAAUAUCAAGUUACUUUAGCCCCAUGCGACCCCGAUUGUUGAAACCCCAAUCUAUGCAAUAUCUGUAAGUGAGAUGCGGAGUCGGUCCCGUCGCUGCUCCAACAAUCGAGGUCGUAGUCUCUUAUCUAUACUUACUAUAGCUAGCCUAUUCAAUCACAGGUGUUGAAGUUGUCUGUCUAGAUUAAGUUCUUCUGCUAGUUAACAACGGAACGAUUUGGGUACGACGCAAAUUCUUCGUUUACCGCACUCCAAUAAAGCUGUAGCUUGUUCGCUCUCGACUACUUAGAAAAAAACAAAUAUUGGUAAACAUUAGGAAAUCAGACUCAACCGUGGAUACGGAAUGGUCGAAUGUGUCUGAUUCUUCGUUUAAUUCGAUUGACACAAAAUUGAUUGUGAUAAUUAUGUAAUUUAUGACAAAAAUAAAAUGGGUUUA